CGAGAGCCGUCGUGGGUUCACUUAGCAACCGCUUCGCUUAAUGACCAAGUGGCUGCUUCCCCGCCCUGGGGUCGCUAAAGGAGCGUUCCCCUGCAAAGAUUCGAGCAACUUGAAAGGCAAUUAAAAAUGGGUUGCACAGAGUCCAAGUUCAACGUCCUCCCAGGAAAGGGAAAGCAGAGAGAGAACUCGAACUCGACUCUGGAUGUCCGUUAUACCACCGAACCCACCAUCAAGCAAAUGGGCAUCAAAGGAUCUAAGCUCCAGGAGACAGAUGAAUUGGAGGAUUUCAUUGUGUUGGCCUUGUACGACUACGAAGCCAUUCACAGGGAGGACCUCAGUUUCCACAAAGGGGAUCGUCUCAAGAUUUUAGAGAAGUCGGGAGAGUGGUGGCGAGCCAAGGCCCUUUCGACCAGCAAAGUGGGCUUCAUCCCCAGCAAUUAUGUGGCCAAGAUCAACUCCCUGGAGACGGAAGAGUGGUUCCUGACAGGCAUGAGCCGGAAGGAUGCUGAGCGUUACUUAUUGGCUCCAGGAAAUUUUAUUGGCUCGUUCAUGAUCCGAGACAGUGAAACAAGCAAAGGGAGUUACUCCCUCUCCGUCCGAGACUUUGAUUCCCAAAACAAAAUGGACGUGGUGAAACACUACAAGAUUCGAACCCUGGACGACGGGGGCUUCUAUAUCUCUACCCGGACCAACUUCAGCACUCUGCAGGAACUGGUCAGCCAUUACAAAGGAAAAGCCGAUGGAUUAUGUCAGAAGCUGACUCACCCCUGCGUGUUGCCCAAGCCCGAAAAACCCUGGGAGAAGGAUGCCUGGGAAAUCCCCAGGAGCUCCCUAAAAAUGGAGAGGAAGUUGGGGGCCGGACAGUUUGGAGAAGUCUGGAUGGCCACCUAUAACGCCCACACCAAAGUGGCUGUGAAGACCAUGAAGCCAGGCAGCAUGACGGUGAAGGCCUUCCUGGAAGAGGCCAACAUCAUGAAGACCCUGCAGCAUGACAAGCUGGUCAGACUCCACGCGGUGGUAACCAAGGAAGAACCCAUUUUCAUCAUCACCGAAUUCAUGGAGAAAGGCAGUUUGCUGGAUUUCUUAAAAAGUGAAGAAGGCAAGGAACAGCCCUUCCCCAAGCUGAUCGACUUCUCUGCCCAGGUGUCCGAAGGCAUGGCUUUCAUCGAGAAACGGAACUACAUCCAUCGUGACCUCAGAGCUGCGAACAUUUUGGUGUCAGCCCUCCUGGUGUGCAAGAUUGCGGACUUUGGCCUGGCCCGAGUGAUAGACGACAAUGAAUACACUGCACGGGAAGGCGCCAAGUUCCCCAUCAAGUGGACCGCUCCCGAAGCGAUCAAUUAUGGGUCCUUCACCAUAAAGUCCGAUGUGUGGUCCUUUGGGAUCUUGCUGAUGGAGAUCAUCACCUAUGGGCAGACUCCGUAUCCAGGUGUGUAG